CAUGAACAAAAUAUCAACAUGACAUGAAUCUUAUGGAUAGUUUUACAAAUGUAUUUGUAAUUUUUGAUUUAAUUCUAACUACGGGGCAAGACAUGUAAGUGUUUUUCAUCCACAACAACUUUUAAUUCCAACAUUGAAUGUUCCAAAGUAUGUCCGGGAAAUAACGCAGAAACAUGCGGAGGAUUCCGAAGUAUGGACACAUAUAGAGUAGUGAACUCGAUGUCUGGGGGAAAUUGUCAAUCUUUACAUUAUAGUAGUUCCAUAUAUUACACUCUUCAACCAGAUGACUGUGACAGCAGUUUGUCCUUUAUAUGCAAAGUGCCGACUGAAAGUACUACCAAUGUUUGUAACAAUAAAACACAGUACCAAGUCACAUCUGUUCAGGAGCAGACAACACAGUCAACAAUUGACAUAACCAUUGCCGAAACGACAGGUGCGACGUCGGAAUAUCUGGCAACGACAUCUCAAAGAACCCAAGGAAUUACCAAAUUUACUGAAACUGAGAAAACAACAAAAUCAGUCACAACUAUACAAAAACACGCAAUAACAUCUGUAAUACCAACCAUAUUGUCGACUAGCAAACAAGUAACAGCUACGGGAGACAAAUCAGCAACAUUUUCCAACCAAUUAACAACUACAAAAGACGAUGGAAGUACUUUAGAAUCAUCUACUACAUCGUAUUUACAUACAACAGUUCCUCUGCAAAUGAAGAUCGCUUCUUUAGACUGGCUAAUGUUUACUAUUCUCGGAUUUGUCGGUACAGUUCUUAUCAUAUUCGUCGUCUCAUUCUGUGUCCUUCAGAAAAUCAGGAAAGCGAAACAUGUUCCAGAAGAAAAGGAUUUUGAAAUAGUUGAAGUAUCUGAAAUUGAACGUUAUUCCGCUGAUAUUGUAGCACAGGAACAACGUAUUAAAAAAGAAAGGAAAGAAAGAAAAAGUCUUGCAAGACGAUUAUCUACAGAGUUUAAAAAGAUGUCUCGGAAUCUCUCUUUUACACGGUACGAUGUAGCAAAACGAGAAGACUCGAAUACUAGACUCAAACUCGAAUGUUCCAAAAAUCUCAAAAUCUAA